AUGUACACAUCAACACAUACGCACUUACAUAAAGUGCGUCCACUCACACGGGAACGUCGAGAAACACAGCUACGUCCGUUUCUUGCGAUGUCCUCGUCCCUCGCAGACGAAAUCGCGCAGCUGCACGAGCUAUUCAAGCUUGGGGCUCUCACACAAGAGGAAUUCAAUGAGGCCAAGCAGGCAACCAUCCGCAGCUUCAAGACCGCUGCUGCUGCCAAGGCUGCAUCGGCGCCAGUGCCAGGAGUGAGCAGCGCAUCUCUCUCUGAGUCGCCAGCAUGCUCGUCACUCACAUCCACGAAACAACAGCCGAACUCGAGCGCGUCCCCUGGCUAUACGGAGACGGAUGCAAGGGGGCAACUCGCGCCUCCGUCUCCGAACGCGUCUGCAUCGCCGUCGGUACACACAGUGGCAGCAACGCGCUCGAGAACUUUUGAAGAAUGGAAGGAGCUCUGGGACACCGCUAAGGUUUCCACUCCGGCUGCCACUGCUUCAACCGCCUCAGCGCCUCCUGACGCCUUCCAUGCGCGCAUGCAGGCCCUUCGCUGCCUGUCGCGUCUUUUGUGCAAUGUUCGGAUGUACCCAGCGGAGCCCAAGUACAGGAGGAUUCGUGAAUCGAACAGGAUCAUCGCGCACGAGCUCAUGUCCGUAGCGGAAGCUAGUGGAGCGGUGCUCAGCUUCGCCGGGUUUGUGCGGGAACGAGACGAGGAGGAUGCAUCGACAAGCGCCUCAGCGGCUGGUGCAGCAACGCACUGCUGGGUGCUGCAUGGAGAAGCUACGGCGGCGACAGUGGCGGGCAAAGCCGCAGUCGCGGUACGUCUCGUCGACGAGCUGCUCGAGUACUUUGGCGAGCAGCAAUCCCGGCGGUAUCGCGUGCAGCAGCUGUGGCGCUCGGUCGCGUUGGAGGUGCGACUCGAGCGCGCCGCCCGUGGCGCUGACUCGAGAAGUCCUCUGCAAGACGUGCCAGACCAUCCUGAGGAGGUGAACAAUGAAAAAGAGAAAGGAAAUGGCAAGGGUGGACGGGGGGCAGUGGCGCGGUCCGCUGAGAGCGCAGCGCCGUCACCUCCACAAGCGCUGCUAUCGUACUUGGCGGAGUGCUACACUGUGGACGAGGCUGGCGAUGGUCUCUUCUCGUCCAUGUGCCACCUGCAGACCCUGCAGCGACUGUACGAGGAGGCGGCGGCGCACAUCGCGGCUGGCGCACAGCCGUCAUCGUCUCAUUCGCUUUUGCGCACGGCCGAAGUUUACGGUGCGGUGGUGCAGCAGCGCGGCGCCGUUGAGCUACUCGUGUACGGCUGCGGUGCUUGUUUCCAUCCGCCGCCUGUAGCGACACAACGCGUUCUUGCAGCAACCGCAUCGACGCUACUGACAGCGUCGUCCGCGCCGCUUAGUGACACAGCCAACGACUACACCGUUCAGCUCGUCCCCACUGACACGCCGGACGCCUCCGAGUUUGUGGCCCGCUGCUUACAGCUACUGCAGCGCCUGCGCCGCGAGGUGGAGCGGGUGCAACAGGAACGCGCUCGUGCUGCCCGUCAGGCAGCAGAGGCCUCCAUGCGGCAGGAGCUGAAGCGGGAGCGGCAACGGCGGCAGCUGGAGAAGAAUAGCGGGCGGGACGAAAUGUCCGCGGACGAGCAGACGCAGCAAUGGCACCAGCGUCGCCGCACACACCGGCGGGGGCACGGUGUCCAUCGAAGAGCAGGCUCAUCCUCCUCCACCUCCUCCUCGGCAUCCUCUGCCUCCUCGCGCGGCGCGGCAACGAAGACUGAGGGGCAGCGCAUCCCACUGACGGAGGCCUUGGCGAUACUGAUGGGGAAGAUGAGUCCACCGUCGAGUCGACCGCCACCUGCGUCGUCGUCGUCGUGA